GUGAGGAUGUGUUGUCCUGAUAGGCGCGCAAGCAGGCCCGAAACGUGGAGGCGCUCCGGUCUCUUCACGAUAUCCCCGGUGCAGAACCUCCUCAGUACAGCAGAAUAGGUGAAGCAGGCCCAGCUCGAGGCGUAGAGGUGCUCCGGUCUCUCCGCGAUGUCCCCGGUGAAGAUCCUCCUCAGCAAAGCAGUACAGGAUAGGUGAAGCAGGUCCAGCCCGAAACGUAGAGGCGCUCCGGUCUCUCCGCGAUAUGCCCGUGGUAAAACCUCCUCGGCAACGUAGAGCACGACAGGUGGAGCAGGUGGAUACAGGCCUCCGCUACAGCAGGUUUAAAGCAGGCCGCAGCCCGAACGUGAAGCCGCUCCGGUCUCUCCGUUACAUCCCCGUCCCCGGGGCAAAAUCUCGCCAGGACAGCAGCACACGACAAGUGGAAGCAGGUCCCCGCCACAGCACAACUGGACAGGUGGAAAAGGAGGCCCCAGCCCGAGCAACAACGUGCAGCCGCACCGUCUCUCCGCGACUUCCCGGGGAAAAAAAAAAAAAAAAAAAACCUCCCCACAACAGCACAGGUAAACCUCCUCUCCACGCCGACGGAAGAGAGGCAGCCCUGCCCCUCACUUUCCACGCUCCGUGAGGCGGAUGAGAAAAUGCGCUCCGCUCGCUCUGAUCGACGAGUGUUGAGUGUGGAAUGCUGUGUGGUACACAAAUACAAAUUUGCUUUAAGUUACGGAGUGCCAACUUGCUCAUGCCUUGUACUUACUGUAUUUGCAAAAAAACAGAAAUAAAUACACUCUUAACUUGUUGCAGGAUGUUAACUCAUAAAAAACAUUAAUGGAUAGAUUAAUGGUUUGCAUGUUAUCAUCAACAGUGAUAUUAAAGUAUAACUGAGGCAGAUUGGCACUUUGACAGGAGUUUUAUAGGAAUCCUGUAAUGAACAAAUGUGUAGCAAUAAGUUGAAACCUUGUUCAGUUGGUGGAUGCCCAAUGAAGUCGGGGGAUCAAAAAGUCAUUUUUAAUCAUCCUCUUAGGAGCAUAAACGUCUGUAACUAAUGUCAUGCCUAAACAAACUAAGAUGGCGCCGCAGAUGGCUGCUUCGGUGUUUUGGUGCGCCAAACUCUUUCACCAGGGAAGAGCUCCUAAACAUUAGAGAAAGAACUUCAGCGGAUUAUCUUCCCACUUUUCUCUGCUUUUCCGUGGAAUUAUUGGACAUUCUUGUCAAUGGUACCCUCACGUGUAUUCAAGCACUGAAACGCCACAGGAGAGGGAGACGGGCCGGGGCACUCGUGCGCCUCCGGAGCCGCGGACUUCGCACGCCGCUACCCGGAAUAUUCCUCUCCAACGUGCGUUCCAUAAGCAAUAAACUGGACGAGCUUCAGCUACUGGUUAGUAGAAACAGAGACUUUUCUUCAUCUUGUGUUUUGUGCUUCACUGAGACCUGGCUGUGUGGAUCAAUUCCAGGACUUGGCGCUGCAGCUGGGAGGCUUCCAGCUGUUCAGAGCGGAUCAUGACAUGGAGCUCUAAUCAAAAGACCCACUCCUGGAUCCCCUGCAGUUCGCCUACAGAGCCAACAGGUCUGUGGACGACGCUGUCAACAUGGCCCUUCACUUCCCCCCCCCAGCACCUGGACACAGCAGGAACCUACGCCAUCUUCAACACCAUCAUCCCGGUUCUGCUGCAGGACAAGCUCUCCCAGCUGCACGUGCCCGACUCCACCUGCAGGUGGAUCACAGACUUCCUGUCUGACAGGAAGCAGCAAGUGAGGCUGGGGAAACAUGUCUCUGACCCCCGGACCAUCAGCACCGGUUCCCCUCAAGGCUGCGUUAUUUCCCCUCUGCUCUUCUCCCUGUACACCAACAGCUGCACCUCCAGUCACCAGUCUGUCAAGCUACUUAAGUUCAGACGACACCACCCUCAUCGGACUCAUCUCUGGUGGGGACGAGUCUGCCUACAGGUGGUAGAUGGACCAUCUGGUGACCUGGUGUGAGGAAAACCACCUGGAGCUCAACGCCCUGAAGACAGUUGAGAUAGUUGUGGACUUCAGGAAGAACGCAGCCCCACCCGCCCCCAUCACUCUGUGUGACUCCCCAGUAACUGCUGUGGAGUCUUUCCGCUUCCUGGGCACCAUCAUCGCCCAGGACCUCAAAUGGGAGCAGAACAUCUGCUCCCUCAUCAAAAAAGCACAGCAGAGGAUGUUCUUCCUGAGGCAGCUGAAGAAAUUCAACCUGCCAAAGACAAUGAUGGUGAACUUCUACACUUCCAUCAUCGAUUCCAUCCUCACCUCCUCCAUCACCAUCUGGUAUGCCACAGCCAAGGAUAAGGGCAGGCUGCAGUGUGUCAUCCGCUCUGCAGAGAAGGUGAUCGGCUGCAAUCUGCCAUCCCUCCACAACCUGCACGCCUCCAGAACCCUGAGGCGGGCAGGGAAGAUAGUGGCCGACCCCUCCCACCCUGGACACAAACUGUUCAAACCCCCUCCCCUCUGGCAGGAGGCUGCGCUCCAUCAGGACCAAAACCUCUCGCCACCUGAACAGCUUCUUCCCCUCCGCUACCGGCCUCUUAAACAAUGCCCGGCCCCCCCACUGACACUUACCACAGCCACAACGUAGUCUCUAUAUGCAUUACAUUAAUGCACACAAUGUUCAUACUGCUUACUGCACAUAUUUCUUGUUUCAUAUUUCAUAUUUUAUAUCCUAUAAUUCAUUCAUAGUAUUUCCAUGUAAAUGACUGAUUUAUUUUAUUGCUAUUUAACUAUAUUUUAUUACGGUGUCCUUAAAGAUUUUUUGUUUUAUAUUAGAUUUCUUGUUUUAUAUUUUAUGUCUGCAUCAUGACAUCAAGUCAAAUUCCUCGUAUGUGUGAACCUACCUGGCAAUAAACCUGUUUCUGAUUUCUGAUUCUGAUGCCAAUUCAACUAAUAGAUGUCCAAUGGUUGUUGGUUGAAUAUUGGAUUGGAGCCACGUUUGCAAUUGUGCAUAAAAAGAAACAUUAAUUAUAUUUUCAAAGCCAUUAAAUAAACAAAUGUGACAUUUUUAUGAUCACAGCCACACCUCUAAGUUGCUUGAAAGGCGUGUGUUGAAGCUAAGCCAAAAAUGUUUGGGUUUUGCAUAUUUUUUACAACAACAUCAGUAGAUGUUAAAGGAUCUCUGGGAGUUUCUCUGUUAUCAAACUUUAUUAAAGAAAAAUAUAGAACAAACAUUUUUAAAAAACAACGUUUUGUCAAGUAGAGCUGAUCUUUUGCAGGGGUAGACAUUAAGGGUAAAAUGCCACUG